CAACAUGAUGCACCGAUCCGUGUGCUGUCAAUCCACCGAGAUCGCGAUCAUGGUGUAAUCGAUGGUUCACUACAGAAAACAGACGAAGAUUAAAGGGUCUAACGUUUCGUACCUCUAGGACACCUGUCCAAAGCUCAUUUGCUCUCGGUGCUCUUCUGUGUUCUCUGAGGUCGGGUCUGAAUCAUGCAUUGCUGACGCGCGUAAUGCGGGUGACAAAGACGAGGGUGUUUUGGGUAUUACUCGAAGUACACGCUUUAUUCGGAGAACCGACGGUCCAGAUCAUGGGUUUCCUCCAUCCAACGGCAGAGAGCAUCCGGUUAACCUCGAAGAUAUCCGGCGCCGUUGCCCGAAUUCCCAUUUUACCCUUGGUAGGCCGCCUCCCCACUAAACGACAAAACCCAACGUUGAUAUAAUCGUGCCCUCGUCCUCCUCGCUCAAGAUUCCAGGUCUUCUUCCUCCGGGUGAAACGGAGCAGCAGCAGCAGCUAAGAUUUAGAAGCUUAGCGUGGAGUUGGAGCCAUGUCGAGUGCAGGUAUGUUGCUUCCGCCGGGGUUCCGCUUCCACCCCACCGACGAGGAACUCAUCCUUCACUACCUCGGCAACCGAGCCGCCUCGCUGCCGUGCCCCGUCUCCAUCAUCGCCGAGGUCGACAUCUACAAGUUCGACCCGUGGGAGCUCCCCGCCAAAGCCACCUUCGGCGACGGAGAGUGGUACUUCUUCAGCCCCAGGGAGCGGAAGUACCCCAACGGGUACCGCCCCAACCGGGCGGCGGCGUCCGGCUACUGGAAGGCGACCGGGAUCGACAAGCCUGUGGUCACCAGCUCAGGCAACUCCUAUAUUGGAGUGAAGAAGGCGCUCGUCUUCUACAAGGGGAGACCUCCGAAGGGUGUCAAGACGAACUGGAUCAUGCACGAGUAUCGCCUUGCUGAACCACCGAGCAAGAACAGCUACAAGCCCAUCGAGCUCAGAGACCUCUCCAUGAAGCUGGACGAUUGGGUUCUUUGCCGAAUCUACAAGAAGAACAGCAGCAGCACUCAGUCCUCAGCUGUGGAGGACGUCUUCGUCCCAACUCCAUCAAUCACGACGCAUCAAUCCCUGUCGGAGCUCCUCCUCGACGCUGCCGACUACUCCGACGUGCUCGGUCUAGAGAACCGCCACAACAUCGACAGUAGUAGGAUUCACAGCAGUCGUCUCCCUCACAACCUGAAGCGCCAAUGGGUAGCAGAUGGCUGGUUCGGAGACGGCGAUGAAGCGUUGUCAUCUCCUGCAAAGAGACCAACGGGGUCGAGAAUUGGCACCGACCUGAUCGACGACUUCGAGUUCGAUAUCUGUAAUCCUCAACUGAUGUCAUACUCCUCCCACUUGGCCUGGCAAUGACUUGGUACAGUCUCUGCGGAGAGGAAAGAACACAAACAAUUAGGUAGUGAUAUUAACUUGUAGCGUAGAGAGUUUGUGGAUAGGUGGCAAUUGGAGCAGGGAGUAGAAGCCAGGACUGGACCUGUACAUUUCAUGCUCUCUGCCAUAAAAUAUGAUGUGAUUGCUGUCCUCUAGCAACAGUACAAGAAGAAAUGGUUUCGA